AUGCUUCAACUACAUUCUAAAUACAUGAAGUACCAACAUACUCACAAUUGUUUCUGUUUAAUUGAAAGUACUGCUAAGGAGUUUUUAGAGAAGGUUGUGAAGUUGGCUAAAAAUAUCAAGAUUCCAGAUCCAUUAGAAGAAGGUUGUAGGCUUGGAUCCGUUGUUAGUGGUGAACAGUACGAGAAGAUAUUGAUAUUUGUUGAAACUGCCAAAAGUGAAGGUGCAACCAUUUCAUUUGGAGGAAAACGUCCUGAGCAUUUAAAAAGUGGAUUCUACAUUGAGGCAACAAUAAUUAGUGAUGUCACCACAUCCAUGCAAAUUUGGAGAGAGAAAGUUUUUGGACCUAUUUUAUGUGUAAAAUCAUUUCAAACAGAAGAAGAAGCAAUCGAAAAGGUUAUAUUCGGCGUUUAUAAUAUUUUAGUGAUCAAAUCAAAAUGA